AGAGAGAGUCGUCAGAGUAGACUCGAAGACCGCCGACUUGUUUAUUUAUUUAUUAUUAUUUUUCAUUUUUCAAUUUUUUGUGUCUCUUCUCCAUAUGCUUUCCCUCACUUUCUUGCGUUUUCCUUUGGUUUCUCUCUAGGGUUUGAGAUCUGAAAAAUGCAGAGGCCGACGACGCGGUUGAUGGAGAGGUCGAAUACGAUGAAUAGAGGGAAGCGGACUUUGGAGGGGGAGGAGGAGGAGCAGCCGGAGCGGAAGCGGCCGGCUCUCGCAAGUGUAAUAGUGGAAGCUCUCAAGGUGGAUAGUCUGCAGAAACUUUGCUCAUCCUUGGAACCUAUUCUUCGUAGAGUUGUCAGUGAAGAAGUGGAGCGUGCUUUGGCAAAAUUAGGCCCUGCCAGGCUCAAUGGGAGAUUGAUUUGGAAGGCCAAAAACUCAAGUUAUUGCUUAGUCAGUAGCUCACAAAGGUUAAUACCUAUGAGAUGGGUUGGAAGGCCUUUUAAAGCUCUCUGCCGUGAUUGGUCUUCCCCUAAACGAAUUGAAGGACCUGAUGGAAGGAACUUGCAGUUGCAGUUUAGGUCCAGGCUGUCUCUUCCCCUUUUUACAGGAGGAAAAGUAGAGGGGGAGCAGGGUGCUGCAAUCCAUAUUGUCCUGGUGGAUGCCAACAGCGGCAGUGUUGUAACUUCUGGACCUGAAUCCUCUGUAAAACUGGAUGUUGUUGUCCUUGAAGGUGAUUUCAAUAAUGAAGAUGAAGAGGGCUGGACUCAGGAAGAAUUUGACAGUCAUGUGGUUAAAGAGCGUGAAGGAAAGAGACCACUUUUAACUGGGGACUUGCAAGUAACACUCAAAGAAGGUGUUGGAACACUAGGAGACCUCACAUUUACAGAUAAUUCUAGUUGGAUACGGAGCAGGAAGUUUAGGCUUGGGCUGAAGGUUGCCUUGGGAUUUUGUGAAGGCAUACACAUACGUGAAGCCAAAACAGAAGCUUUCACUGUUAAAGAUCACAGGGGGGAAUUGUAUAAGAAACACUAUCCACCUGCAUUAACUGAUGAUGUGUGGAGAUUGGAGAAGAUUGGCAAGGAUGGUUCAUUCCACAAGAGGCUAAAUAAUUCCCACAUUUACACAGUGGAAGAUUUCCUCCGGCUUGUGGUUAGAGACUCCCAAAAAUUGCGGAGUAUCCUGGGAAGUGGCAUGUCAAAUAAGAUGUGGGAGGCUCUUAUAGAGCAUGCAAAGACUUGCACCAUGAGUGGAAAGUUCUAUGUUUAUUAUUCUGAUGAUACAAGAAAUGUUGGUGUUAUUUUUAACAACAUCUAUGAGCUGAGUGGUCUUAUUGCUGGGGAGCAGUAUUUCUCUGCUGAUUCUCUUUCUGAGAGCCAAAAGGUCUAUGUCGAUAACUUGGUUAAGAAAGCAUACGAAAACUGGAAUCAAGUUGAAGAGUAUGAUGGCAAGUCUUUGAGCUUCAAGCAAAUUAUCAGGUCAAGUACAUCGCGAAAUGAACAUAUGAUAGGCUCCAUGGAUUAUCCUACUGCUUUAGAGCCUCUGCUACCUCUUCCACGUCCGCCAGUUGCAGGUCCUUCUGAGCAGUCCUUGAUGGAUCCAGGCAUAUCAGUUGGAGGUUCAGGGUACAAUGAUGGUCUUGCAACCAGAUACACGGCUCAGCCCCAGCUUGUAAAUUCCAGUUCCCGUGCCCAGUUUGAUGGCCCUUCAUUCCCUUCACAUGACCAGCUGGUCAACAAUUCUCACCAAAUCCAAAGCACUAGGAACGAUAGCAGUGUUGGUUUGGCCCUUGGUCCACCACAGUCAUCUACAAUGGGGUUCCAGGCUCUCAACUCAUCUAUUCAGCACUCCAAUCUUAACCCUUUUAGUGACUUGUUGAAUAACCGAGACAAGGGAGUUGAUGACUAUUUCACGGAGGAAGAGAUUCGGCUUAGAAGUCAUGAGAUGCUUGAGAGCGAUGAUAUGCAGCAAUUGCUCCGAGUCUUCAGCAUGGGAGGCCAUAUUAUUCCCGAUGAUGGGUAUGGUUUCCCACCAUACAUGGCAUCGCCUUCAAACUGUCUCUAUGAGGAGGAGGAUCGAAGCCGUCCUGGAAAAGCUGUUGUCGGUUGGCUGAAGAUCAAGGCAGCAAUGAGGUGGGGCUUCUUUAUCAGGAAGAAAGCAGCAGAGAAGCGGGCACAGCUUGUUGAGUUAGAAGAUGAUUAGAAAUUUUUGUGAGGAUGCUCGUGGACUUCUCCUGUGAAGCCUUUCUUCCCACGUUAUUUCUAUUAUAUCAAUUAUUGGGACUCUUCAACAGUGCUGACAACAACUCAAGGUUGGUUUCAGAAGUCUUGAGUUGUUUCUAAGAUUCGUGUCAGGUAUCUAGGAAUCUCUUCUUGUACAGCUGCCUGUACAGUAAGUUGUUGUGUUCAACACCCUAAUUAUUACUUCCCUCUGGUUUCACUCAUCACAUUGCCUCUGGUUUGUGAAUGAUAUGAUAUAUGCAUUUGAGAUUUCUGAAGGGUAGUUGUGCUGUUCAAUUAACAACCCUUUCCAUGUUGGAGACAACAUCUAGGGAACUUGUGAAUUCUAGGUGAUGUCAACUUAAGUCUGGUUUUGAAAUUCUGUAUGGUAUAAGAAUGAUGGGUAGUUUUUCUUAAUCUUAUCAUGCUAGCCUAUUUUUCCGUGCAUUGAACAGUCUGGGAUUUUACAUUAAUCAGUUGUAUGAAGUUUGCAUUCAAGUCGGAUUAUUCUUGAAACCAUUCAUGAAACUGCUAAGCCAGUGUGCAUAGUUAUAGAAUGAUGUUACAUCUUUCUAAAUUUCUUAGCAUGUACUCUUUUUAUCAUCUGUUUGGAAGUCUUUCCAAUUUCAUUGCAUAGGCCUCGAGGCUGACCGGAAACCUUUAUAGAAUACUAGAAACAGAAACAGAUGCCAACGUCACGGUAUUUGGAUUCAUUUUCUUUUUCUUGGUUGCUAACAAAGCAUGGUGUGUAGGUGGUGAUGUAAGUCAUCCGAUUGUUUUCUCGUAAAUAGAAGAGAGAGGUGAGCAGGCACAGGGAGAGAGAAAAAACAAAAAUAAAUAGAGGUGAGGCAUGACUCACGAGAGCCGUGUUGAAACUUGAAAUCACAUCUUCUCAGGAGUCCGCACCCGUUUGUUGUUUACCUCGUUAAUUUCUCCCUAGGGGUGGAUCGGUGAGGACACCUCCGCUGUAUCUUAUAAAUAGAGAGAGAGAUGCGGAUACAGAUCUGGGGUUGUGGGUUCUUUUCCUUUUUCUAAUUGCAGAAGAACUAGAAGAGAUAGAAGUGGAAGGGGAAGCCCCCAAGCCCCCCAUGGAGCUCCCACCAAAAACUCCAAAUCCAAACCCCAUGAGGUAUUCUAAAAUACCCCUCCUCUCUCUCCUAGCUUGUGUGUUGCCAGAGUUGUAGAAAAAGCUUUCAAUGCAGUUCCUGUGGAGAUUGUGUGUGAGAUGCUAUGAAGCAGGUGUACGUCUGCAGCUCUUUUUCGGUUUUAUUAUUAUGGAAAAUUUUCUUGGUACCCUGUACUUUUUUGUUUGAUUGAAUAAUAAUGGUUGAAGA